AAGGCGCGCGACCACUUGACGCGUCCCGCCCCCCAGGGGGCGGGCGGAUCCCCUUCGGCUCAGACCCGCCUUCACUCCCCCGCGAGGGCGGAAGACGGUAGCGCCUGCGCCUUGGCUGUCUGUCAGUUGCUAGGUAACCGCGUCAGGGAGGAGUUGAUUCUAUCCUACAAGAUAGAAUGGGGACCCACAACGACAGCUGUCCCCAGAGAACCCCUGCAACUGGGAAUUGAAGUGGAAGUGAGUGUGGAUUUCCUGUGUGUAGUCGAGACAGACAAACUUCUCGUCCUCAAGCAAGAGAGCGUUCCAUAGACUUUGCAGGAGUUGAGGUACUCAUUCCCUGCUUCUACCGAGAUGGCUCCCAAACCGCCUCAUAAGCAGAGUGUCAGCAUGGGCAGAGGAGCCAGAAAGAGAGAUGACGACUCAGGAACUGAAGUGGGAGAAGGGACAGAUGAAUGGACACAGUCCAAAGCCACAGUGAGACCCCCUGACCAGCUGGAUUUGACCGAUGCGGAAUUGAAGGAAGAGUUCACCCGGAUUCUGACAGCCAACAACCCACAUGCACCCCAGAAUAUUGUCAGGUACAGCUUCAAAGAAGGGACAUAUAAACCUAUUGGUUUUGUGAACCAGAUGGCAGUUCACUUCAGCCAGGUUGGGAACCUGAUCCCCAAAGACUCAGAUGAAGGACGGAGGCAGCACUACCGUGAUGAGUUGGCAGCAGGCUCACUGGAGUCGGUGAAGGCAGUGCUUUCAGAUGCAGAAAUCCUUGAAGAAGACGAAGAGCCCAAGGAAGUGGAGAUGGAAGCUGGGAGUCAAACAGAGCUACCUCCAGCCGAGGUAGCUGAAACAGUGAUCGAAGAAGAACUGAUGACUCCUAAGCAGCCCAAGGAGCGAAAGCUUACUAACCAGUUUAACUUCAGUGACAGAGCUUCCCAGACUCUCAACCACCCUGUCCGGGAUCGAGAAUGCCAGAUGGAGCCUCCUCCCAGGACAAACUUUUCAGCCACAGCCAAUCAGUGGGAGAUCUAUGAUGCCUAUGUAGAGGAGCUCAAGAAGCAGGAAAAGACCAAAGAGAAGGAGAAGACAAAGACUCCAGUGGCUAAAAAAACAGGAAAGAUGGCCAUGAGGAAACUGACAUCUAUGGAGUCCCAGAGUGAUGAUAUCACCAAAGUGUCCCAAGCUGCUAAAAUUGUGGAGCGGAUGGUCAACCAGAAUACAUACGAUGAUGUUGCUCAAGAUUUUAAGUACUAUGAAGAUGCGGCUGACGAAUACCGGGACCAGGAAGGGACACUGCUGCCACUCUGGAAGUUCCAAAAUGACAAGGCCAAGCGCCUGGCCGUCACCGCCCUCUGCUGGAACCCCAAGUACAACGAUCUGUUUGCAGUAGGACAUGGCUCCUAUGACUUCAUGAAGCAGAGCCGGGGAAUGCUGCUGCUCUACAGCCUGAAGAACCCCAGCUUCCCUGAGUACAUAUUCAGCAGUGAAAGUGGCAUCAUGUGUCUCGACAUUCACGUGGACCACCCCUACCUGGUGGCUGUGGGCCACUAUGAUGGCAACGUGGCCAUUUACAAUCUCAAGAAGCCCCAGGCCCAGCCUUCCUUCCGCAGCUCGCCCAAGUCUGGGAAGCACACAGACCCUGUCUGGCAGGUCAAGUGGCAGAAGGAUGACAUGGACCACAACCUUAACUUUUUCUCCGUGUCAUCUGAUGGAAGGAUCGUGUCUUGGACACUUGUGAAGAGCGAGCUGGUUCACACAGAUGUCAUCAAGCUUAAGGUGGAGGGCAGCACCACAGACGUCCCCGAGGGGCUGCAGUUGCACACAGUGGGCUGUGGCACUGCCUUUGACUUCCACAAAGAGAUCGACUACAUGUUCCUAGUGGGCACAGAGGAGGGGAAAAUCUACAAGUGCUCGAAAUCUUACUCCAGCCAAUUCCUCGACACCUAUGAUGCCCACAACAUGGCGGUGGAUGCUGUGACCUGGAACCCCUACCACACCAAGGUCUUCAUGUCCUGCAGUUCCGACUGGACAGUGAAGAUCUGGGACCACACCAUCAAAACCCCCAUGUUCAUCUAUGACCUGAACUCAGCUGUGGGUGAUGUGGCCUGGGCUCCAUACUCCUCCACAGUGUUUGCGGCAGUCACCACAGAUGGGAAGGUCCACGUGUUUGACUUGGCCAUCAACAAGUAUGAGGCCAUCUGCAACCAGCCUGUGGUGGCCAGGAAGAAAACUAAGAUCACCCACGUGGAGUUCAACCCCAUCUACCCCAUCAUCAUCGUGGGCGAUGACCGCGGGCAUAUCACCUGCCUCAAGCUCUCGCCCAACUUGCGCAAGAUGCCAAAGGUAUGAGUGCUGGCAGUGGCCCAUUGCCAAGGAAAAGAAAGGGCAGGAAGUACAGAAGGGUCCAGCUGUGGAGAUUGCAAAACUGGACAAACUGCUGAAUCUCGUGAGGGAAGUGAAAAUCAAAACCUGAGGGCCCGGCCUUGGUCCCUGCUCCACUGAACCCAGGACUUGCAGUCCCUGGGCUGAGAACCAUUAUGCCCAUGCACUCAGCAUAUGAACCAAGCCCCGGUCAGGUCCCAGCAUGUGGUGUUCUCAUCCUGUUCCUUAAGGUCCCAGCAUCUUCCAGGGUUAGUGUUUGGUAAUCACCAAACCCUUGUGUUAUUUUAUACAAAUAAACCUUUGUCUGGAAGUUCA